UCAUGGUCAGGAGCCUUCUGCAAAAAACUGCUCCCAUGCUCCUGAAGCUGAACGAGAAAGCUGCUGCUGCUUUGAGAGAGAGAGAUGAGCACAUUUCUGCAAGAGACCAAGCUGUUGAAGAGCGAGAGCAGAUUGAAGAAGAACUGAAUGAAACUCAUUUGAAUUUCCAAGCUGCCAGGGAGCAGAUUGGAGAUUUAAAUCUGCAGGUGACAAUUCUGACAUCAGAGAUGGGUGUACUGCGAGAGAAGUUGACUGAAAAAGAAGAAGAGACGGGUCAGCUAGAGAGGAAGGUGACGGAGCUGUCUGCUACAGUUUCCUCCACGCUGGCAUCCUACACUUUCUUGGAGCAGGCCCUGGCUGCUGAGACUACAAAGUUGCAGGAGUCGUGGAAAGACAAACAAGAGGCUAAGGAUCGGGCAGAUGACUUGGAGGCAUCACUGCGUCAGUCGGAGCAGCGGGUGUGCGAGUUGAGUCGGGCUCUGGCUCAGAGUGAGGAGCAGCUCGGUCAGCUGCAGUCCCUCUCACAGUCUCAGAGUCUGCAGAUCCAGCAGCUCCAGGAUGUCUGUACACAGCUCAGCGGUGUGCGGGAAAUGAAUGAGUUCCUACAGAUGGAGAACGAGUUGGCGAGGGAGCAGAUGGCAGAAAGUGAGCGUAUGCUGAGGGAAAACCUGCAGAGCCUUCGGGAGAGGAACAUCCAGUGUGAGGACAUGAAGAAAGAAGUUUGUCAACUUAAGCUUGAGAACGGGAAUUUGCAGGAAGAACUUAAAGCCACAAGGUCCAGAGCCAGGUCAGCAAACCUGGAGCUUGAAGAGAAGAUGGCUCAGGCGGUCACGGAAAUCACUUUGCUGCAUCACACACUGAGGGGACUGACCAACAAGCUCCAUGAUGAACUUGAUGAAAAGAAACCACAGAUGUGUGAAGAGUCUCAGUCAGUCCACAGCGUGGAGCGUUGUGCCUCCUUUGUCAACAGCAUCAUGGUGGCAUCAACUGAUGAGAGAGAGGAAGAGGUCAAAACAGACACUCCUGCUGAAACAGUCCCUUCAGACACUCUCGAGCCACAGUGUGAAACUUUGUUCAGCGAGACGAGCGCCUUCACCCGCAUCGCAGCCAUCACUCCUAAAAAGAAUAUGAGCAAAGUCGAGAUUCAACCAGAGGAAGAGGAGCAGAGCCACCUGGCGGAGCUGCUUACUAGCCUGGGCAGCACCGUCACCGAGCUCGUCGGCACUCUGAAGCUGGUGCAGCAGCACAGAGACGCUCAGCUGGAGGAGCUGCAUGGCCAAAUCUGUGGCCUGCAGGUGGAGCAGCGUGCUGCAAAGAACAGACAUGAAGCUGAGGUUUUUGAGCUCAAGCAUCAACUCAGCCGUCUGAGUCAGCUGGUUGAGAAGGCAAAUCAGGCUCUGCAGCAGAAAACUCAGGAUGAGAAAACGCUGGCUAAGUUGAUGGUUGAAGUGCAAGACACACAGGAAAUCCUAAAUAAACAGAAGACUGACAAUAAUGAAUUGAGAAGGGAAAUUACUGAGCUUCGUCGCGCUCUCCAGCAGUCGAAGGUGGAGUCUGAAUUCCUUCGGGAUGAACUGAGGAAAGCUGGCGGCCAGUCGACUAAACCGGAACAUUUCAUGGAAGAGAACAUCAAGUCAUUGAAAGAGGUGGAGAGACUGAAGGCCAGUCUUCAGGAAGCCGAGCAGGCCAAAGUAAAAAUUCUUGAAAGGGCAAAGAGACAUCAAAUCAUCUAUCAGAGCAACCAGCAGAAAAGUGAGAACGAGCUUCAGAUAUUAAACAACAUGAUCAACAGAGUUCGGGAGACCUUGCUGUCGUUGCCGGCAGUUGUGAAGAACUGUGAACAGCUCCAGCAGCUCGUUGAAUACAUUGGCUGAUGUGUUUAUUUCCCUCGUGUGUGUUUAUUCAUGUUUUAGUUUGUCUGCCUUCUAAAUGUUUGUAUUUUUA